AUGCCCAUCAAGCUUCAUGCCAUGACUCAUCACCACAGCAAUGUUCAGCACAUCCAGCUUUCUCAACAGGAGCCUCCACAAGAAGCCAUCUCUGAGCCACGUCAGCAAAAGCCUACGCAAAAACAGCAACAACUCAAUAAAGAGAAGUCACAGUGCCAGCAAAAGGCUACUACAGAGGUGAUAUGUACUGUUCAGUGUCAAGAAGAAAUUGCUGGCUUCUCUCGCAGCCAAGAUCUCUAUGAACUGGAGUUUGAAGAUGACGAGCAAGGACCUGCCCAGCAAGAUGAUUCAACUAUGUUCAGCACUCAAGAGGCUGUCAUACCAAAACGCAAUCCAAACCUGAGCCGCCAUGCUCCUUCUGUCACAGACCAAAGUCUGCCACACCCUGUAUCAUUGAAAUGUAAUCCUAAUCUUGUCCGUCGCACUGGUGUGGUCCCUCUUCCUCCCAGUGACCAAGGUCAUCUGGAUUCUAGUGGUGGGCACAAGGCCAACAUUUACAACCAAAGAGCAGGAUGGCAUAACCAGUGGCAGCAGGACCAUACACAUCUCCUGUUUAGCACUUUUAUGGUACAGGAGAGGGAACAUACUAUUCUCCUGAUGUGCUCAAUGAUCCAAGUGUUUACAGUGCCACCUACAACAAUUUCUGUGGAAACCACUCAUGUUGUCAAAUCGACUAAAGUGGCUACUGGAGGAACUCGUGGAUGCACUCAGACCUCUGACUUUGAUGAGCUGACUAAGGUGGUCCUUGAAGAUGCGAUCACUGAGUACGACUUAGCAGUGGAGUCAUUUGUGCUUGUCUGCAAGGCCAGGAAGAUCCAAAUGGACAUCGAAAAUGAUCUAAUGAAACUGAUCACCCAGCGCUCUGACCAAGCACGUUGA